CAUAACCUAAGCGUUUUUGUUUUGCCGGUGUAUCUGUACAGUUUUCUCGAAUUUCCUCCAAAAUUUCAGACGAAAUGAAAGACACUCCCGUAGAUGUAGACAAUCGGAACGUCGUGAAGAAUAGGGAAUUGCUCUAUCGCAUGAUUAUAAGUCAACUGUAUUACGAUGGAUUUCAACCUAUAGCAGCCACUUUGGCGGCUGCCGUCCACGCUGACCCACCGUGUCCACCCAGCGACAGGCUUCUCAACCUGAUGAUGGUGGGUCUACAGCACGAGCCGGACCGCAAGGACCGUCUCGCAGCCUCCAGCGGGGCUGAGCAUCUACUUGGGACCACUGGCUUUGACCUAGAAUUUGAAAUGGACGCGUCAUCUCUCGCCCCGGAGCCGGCUACGUACGAGACAGCAUAUGUUACGUCACACAAGAUGGCGUGCCGCGCAGGCGCGUUCAGCGCGUGCGGGCAACUGGUGGCCACUGGUAGCGUUGACGCUAGCAUCAAGAUUCUGGACGUGGAGCGUAUGUUGGCUAAGUCGGCUCCGGAGGAGGUGGACCCUGGGAGGGAGCAGCAAGGACACCCCGUCAUCAGGACACUAUAUGACCAUACGGAUGAGAUAACAGCUUUGGACUUCCACCCUCGCGAGCAGAUCCUGGUCUCCGCCUCCCGGGACUGCUGCAUCAAACUCUUCGACAUCGCCAAGGCAUCCGCUAAGAAAGCCUUCAAAUCUAUUACUGACGCUGAGCAAGUGCUUUGUGUGGCGUUCCACCCGCUUGGCGACCACAUCAUAGCGUCGACCACGCACCCAGUAAUACGCCUGUACGACGUUACCACCAGCCAAUGCUUCGUCUGCCCCAUACCCUCCCACCACCACACCAAGCAGGUGCACACCAUCAAAUUCUCUCCGAACGGCAAAUACUUUGCGAGCGGCAGCGCGGACGGCUCAGUGAAGCUGUGGGACACCGUCUCAAACCGUUGCUUCAACACGUUUAUAAACGCACACGACGGCGCUGAAGUGUGCUCCGUCGCUUUUACACGUAAUAGCAAGUAUCUCCUAACGUCUGGUUUGGAUUCUUCCAUCAAAUUGUGGGAGUUGGCAAGCAGCAGGUGCCUGAUACAAUACACUGGCGCCGGCACCACAGGCAAACAAGAGCACCACGCGCAAGCAGUGUUCAACCACACGGAGGACUAUGUGAUGUUCCCUGAUGAGGCCACCACGUCACUCUGCACCUGGCACUCCAGGAACGCCAGCCGUUGCCAGCUCAUGUCGCUUGGACACAAUGGCGCGGUCAGGUUCAUCGUUCACUCGGGCACUGCGCCGGCGUUCCUAACCUGCAGUGAUGAUUACCGAGCGAGGUUCUGGUAUCGACGUAACACACAUUAAAAUCGACUAGAAUCGCCACUAAGAUGUUGUGAAAAGGCGAAAGCAAUGAGGAACUCUCCUGAAGGCUCUGCAUGGUAACCAUGCCGCGCGCGGCGCGAAUUAUAUCGAGGCCUUCAACCAAUAGCCGUUCAACGUCCAUCUACGUAGAUAGCAUUCGUAUCGUUUAUUGGUCGAAGCGCUCGAUAUAAUUCGCGGCGCGCGCGGCGCGGUUGUCAUGGUUACCCCAAAAAAGAUAUCAAUGGCGCUGUGUAUCCUGUUGCCUAUUUUCUCACUGCUCGGGUACAUAAUUAUUCAAAAAUAUAAUGUAAUGGCAGACGCAUAUGAACAGGGUGUUAGUGACAUCGUAACGAAAACUUUUGAGGAUGAUUCAGACCAUGAUUCUGAGUUGAUAUCAAGUGGAAUUUCCUGUCGGAAAAUUCAUGAAAAAUUUUAGAUUUUUUUUAAAUUUUUUCAGUUUCUUAUUAUGCUUUAAGUUUCAAAAAAGUCAGAUUUAAAAUAAAAAAUAAAAAGACGAAUUAUUAAAAACCGUCAAUGUAAAUCGAAAAACGCGAAGUCGCUAAACAGUACCACACCUCGGUCACUUCAUACAAAACACCUCGUUUUACAGACACUACACAUUGACGUUAUCGUACACGCGCAUCUGUGUGUGUGACGUCUGACGCCAUACGAUUCAAGACUAAAGUAAGACCGAGGGGGUGAGGUAAACCUAGCUCAGCUGCUGGUGGGGAGCGGAGUUGCCGUUAUAUACUUCUUUCGUACGUUUAUAAUAUUUUUUUAACAUUUGUAGGUUCUCUAGACUGUCAAGUAGCGAAUAAUAAUUUCGAUCACCUUAAUGAAAAUAAGAAUAAGAAUACAUUGUUUUAAGUUUACGCGGUUGUUAUCAUAAUUAAAACACAUAAUAACGGGUUCUUACCGCGUUUAAAUGGGGAUAUAAUAUCGGGAGUCUCAUAUCCCCAUUUAAACGCGGUAAGAACCCGUUAUUAUGUGUUUUAAUUAAGAAUAAGAAUAAAAUAAGUUAAUUGCCAGUAACAAUUUACAUUGGCUAUAACAACUAGGUAAUUAUGAAUAUUACGAAUACGGGCAAUAGGAAAUGGCUCAGCUUGUGCUGUGAUGGAGCCAUGCUAUGGCGCCAUCCAGCGCUGGUUUUCAGUCAUUUCCUCUUCCUGGGAUAUUGUGCGGAAUUAUUUGUAAUUGUCAAUUGUGAACGAUAAUAAUUCUGUUCUCGUUGUUCGAUUUACAUUGUGGCGCAGCAAAAUCGAAAUGUUAUUUAAACAUUUCCCUCAAAAAACAUCAACCUUCGAUUUUAAUACAAUCAAGUAGACAUUCUAUUUUUUUUCUUUCGUUACGGUGUCACUAACACAAUGUGUAUACACUCGUAAAAUUCUUAUAAAUGUAAGUAAGUUUGUGUAUUUUUUUGAUAAACUCUGCGUUAGAUUAAGUUUAGGUUAAAAAUAUUCUGAAUAAAAUGUGAUGCAUUUAA